AUGGCAAUGAGAAUAAGCGAUCGAAGAGGUAUUUGGCAAAGACAUAAGGGCAAGUUAAUUUUUUCUUCGGCUAUAGUUGCGACUCUUUUCACGACCGGUGCUGUUGCACUGAUUGUAAUCAAAAAAUGGUUGUACAGACAGCAGUUGAAGAUCACUGAGCAACAUUUCGUUAAAGAACAAAUAAAGCGAAGAUUUACACAAACUCAACAGGACGCGCUUUAUACAAUUUAUGAACUCGUACCUGUCUUGUCGCUGGUACUAGCAAAAGAUCUGAAUGUAGACGAAACCGUUGCACUGUUGAAGGGUAAGAAGCUCUCCCGAAAGCUGUCACGAGGGGGCAUGUCCGUCGGUGAUGGAGAACAAAAUGACGGGCUUUCAUCUGGAAUGAGUACCAGCGUCACGGAACCUGCAUCGGGAGUCUCAACUUCAAACCAUGAUGAUGUGAGCUCAAGCAAAACGAAGGCCGACCUCUGGAACGAGCUCAAACUAAAGAGUUUGGUGAAACUUUUCACAGUGGUUUACAGUAUCUCUUCUCUCCUCCUUCUUACGAGAUUACAGCUUAAUAUUUUAGCUCGGCGUGAAUACCUUGAAACUGCAAUCAAAGUUGCUGUUAAAAAGGAAGCUGCUGGGAAAUCCUCGGUCACAUCUUGGAUCUCGAGUUUUUGGAAACAGCAAGACACUGACUCUGAAGACAAACAGAUUGAGGAGCAAUUGGAUGGUCUAGACCAACAAUCGAGAAAAACGAGCUAUAUCAAUGAACAGGCAUUUUUGUCUCUGUCGUGGUGGAUGCUAAACCGUGGCUGGCUGCAGUUUAGAUCAUUGGCCGAAAAACAUGUCGAGUUGGAAUUUGGAGCUUUAAGCCCAAGAGACACACUUAGCCUAGAAGAUUUUGGAGAGAAAGUGUCUCACAUUUUCCACGCUAUAAACCAGGAGUUACUCACACAACCGGAAUCGGAGCCACAACCACUACCCUCCAUUCUGUUGCCCGAACCAAAUCUAGAGCAGUUCGUGCUACAGCAAACGUUGGACUCAGAUGCGCUAAAGCUUCUAUAUGAGGACAACACCAUCUUGAGACAGCUUAUGAACGAGACUAGCAAGUGUGUGCAGUCUACUGCUUCUUUGAUCGUUCUGGAAAGUCUAGUGAACGAUGCAUAUCAAUUCUUUAUGACACAGAUUGAGGAGAAAAUCGCUAUGAAGAGCAAAAAACAAGCUGACACUGAAACUCAGUCAAAUUCGAAAUAUCAAGUAGCAUUGUUCUCUGUAAGCUGCAAAGAUUGCUGUGAUGAAAUGCUGAAGAGUGGCGUUGUCUCAAUGAAUAAUUUAUUCUUACAAAGACUGGAUUCCAUUCCUGAGCUAGAUGACUUAAGUGCUAGUGUCUACAGCAAUUUUGGAUUCUGA